CGGAGCAGGCGGCGGCGGGACGGACCGACCGACAGACCGACCGACCGACCGCCGCCCACGGAGAGAACAACUGUGAUGGAACAUUUUACCAGGAAGAAAAAAACUAAUUGCGCAAGCUAGUCAGUAUAUGUGGAUUCCCCUGGAUGAGUAACCCACAGAAGAGGACAUUCAAAACAAAAUAAAAGUGUUUGAGGGCAUUGGAGAGCUACUGCAUGAUUGAGGUCUGAAAGUAAGGGAUUAAAACGUCAGUUCACAGUCAGUUCAGUUGAAGUACAGUUAAAGAACUAUGGAAGUAGAAAAUGAGCAGACACACUGUGUUAACCUCAGAGAACUGGAUAAUUUAAGUGACACUCCAUUUUCUGGUGAUGAAGAAAAUAGUGGCACUCAGGAAAUAAAGCCUGAAAUCAAUGGAAAUUGGAUACCUACAUCAUCCAUCAAUGAAGCUAAAAUUAAUGCUAAAGCAAAGAGACGCUUGAGAAAAAAUUCUUCUCGAGAUUCUGGGAGAGGAGACUCCGUUAGCGAUAAUGGGGAGGCAGUGAAAAGUGGAGUCACUGUACCAACUAGUCCAAAAGGAAAAUUUCUGGACAGACGAUCCCGAUCUGGGAAGGGAAGGGGACUACCAAAAAAAGGUGGUGCAGGUGGUAAAGGUGUUUGGGGAACACCUGGGCAAGUGUAUGAUGUGGAGGAAGUGGAUGUUAAAGAUCCCAACUAUGAUGAUGACCAGGAGAAUUGUGUCUAUGAAACAGUUGUUCUACCCCUGGAUGAAAGAGCAUUUGAAAAAACAUUAACACCAAUUAUACAGGAGUAUUUUGAACAUGGAGAUACUAAUGAAGUUGCGGAGAUGCUGAAGGAUUUACAUCUUGGUGAAAUGAAAUGUAGUGUGCCAGUAUUGGCAGUAUCACUGGCACUGGAAGGGAAGGCUAGUCACAGGGAAAUGACAUCUAAGCUCCUGUCUGACCUUUGUGGAACAAUAGUCAGCAAAACUGAUGUCGAAAAAUCAUUUGAUAGACUUCUUAGAGAGCUACCUGAACUGGCGUUGGAUUCGCCCAGAGCACCGCAGUUGGUAGGCCAGUUUAUUGCAAGAGCUGUUGGAGAUGGGAUUUUAAGCAAUACUUACAUAGAUGGCUACAAAGGCACUGUGGAUUGCGUCCAAGCUCGAGCUGCAUUGGACCGAGCUACUGUGUUGUUGAGUGUGACAAAGGGUGGAAAGCGUAUAGACAACGUGUGGGGAUCAGGAGGUGGACAGCAAUCUGUAAAACAUCUCGUUAAAGAGAUUGAUAUGUUGCUGAAGGAAUAUUUGCUUUCUGGAGACGUAUCUGAAGCUGAACGUUGCCUUCAAGAACUAGAAGUACCCCACUUUCACCAUGAACUUGUGUACGAAACAGUUGUAAUGGUUUUGGAGUCAACUGGGGAAAAGACCUUUAAAAUGAUGCUGGAUUUGCUGAAAUCCCUGUGGACAUCUUCUGUUAUUACUCUGGACCAAAUGAGAAGAGGUUAUGAACGGAUUUAUCGUGAAAUACCAGAUAUUAACCUGGAUGUGCCACACUCUUAUUCGGUGCUUGAGCGGUUUGUAGAAGAAUGCUUCCAGGCUGGUAUCAUUUCUAAACCCCUCAGAGAUCUCUGUCCUUCUAGGGGAAGAAAGCGUUUUGUAAGUGAAGGUGAUGGAGGUCGUUUCAAACUAGAGAGCUACUGAAUAUAAGAAUGGACUCCCACAGCCUUAGACGUUUAAAGGGAAAAAAUAUAUAUAUUCUACAACUGAAUCAUAAAGAGUUGCUUAGCACAGUUCAUAUUUUUAAAAGUACUUGUUUGGGGUAAAAAUCAUUUAAAAUAGCUUUAUAAAUUUAUCUUCAGGAAUCAGAUUCCUUUCUAUGGGCAUAUAAUAGAACAAGUAACCACAUCUGUGGUGGUGCCUUCAAAUAAGCUACCAUUUUGUAAGUGCCAUAUGUUUCUGACCUAAUCAUUCCAUGUUCUGCAUUGUCCUUUGACUGCCACUUCUUUUCCUUCAAGAACAGGUUUUUCUUUUUCUUUUUGUUGUAGUAAAAUCACUGGUUUAUAUGAAGCUUUAUAGAAGGGGUUAAGUGGAGCUCCUGUGACCCACCUUUGGCUGCUGCUGUUGAAAUACUGUGCUUUGGGAGGAAAAUGUGGUUUAUUUGUUUUAAAGAAUUUAAAAAAAAAAAAGGAUGGCGGGGCUUGGUCAUCAGAUGCAUUUGUCUUUUCCAGGGGAAUAUACUGAUUGGUCUUAAUGACCAGUCUAGUAAAUAGUGGCUGGAACAUCUAUUUUUUCUAUAUAACUGGAAAAAUGAACAGUUCUGGUAGAAUGUAUUAAAAAACACACUUGGUUAAGCUA